UUAACCGGCACUCCACGGCCGCGAAGUCCACCGGGCGUGUUAGCUCCGCUCCGUCACGACACUUGCCGCGCGCGGCCCGCCCAAAAAGACUUUAAUCGAGCAGAAUCCGCCGUAUAACAAGGCCACGCCAUCAUCUCGAACUGAACUCGAAAAACAAACUAGGCUAGCCUCCCAUAGCUGCUUCUUCUGGUGUUUCUGGUCUCUUCCAGUUCCAUUAAUUAAUCCCACGUACGCCAUGGCGACCGUCGGGCCGUCGUACAACGCCACCACAGCGGACGAGAAGAAGGAGCCGACGAGGCCGCUCGCCCACCCAUCCCCGGCCGUCCACCCGGCGACCAACGACGACGACGACAUCGAGGUCCAGCACCAGGAGGAGGCCGCGACGGGCCCCGCCGGCAGCAACAAGCGCAGCUGGCGCUCCGCGCAGUACCUCCGCAAGCGGCGGCGGCUCGUGCUCUGCUGCUGCGGCUGCUGCGUGACCACCGUGGUCGCCGUGGGCAUCGUGGCUCUGGUGCUCGCGCUCACCGUGUUCAAGGUCAAGGACCCCGUCUUCACCAUGAACCGCGUCACCCUGGAGGACGUGAACGGCGACUUCCUGGGCAACGGCACGGACCGCCCGGUGUCCGUGAACGCUACGCUCAACGCCGACGUCUCCAUCGAGAACCCGAACGUGGCGUCCUUCAGCUUCGCGCGCAGCGAGACGGACUUCUACUACAACGGGGAGACGGUGGGCGUGGCGCACGCGCCAGACGGCGAGGUCGGCGCCGGGCAGACCUUGCGGAUGAACGUCACGCUGGACGCGCUCGCCGACCGGAUCUCGCCACACGUCAACUUCACCGACCUCAUCUUCGGCCAGGACUACGACCUCACCAGCUACACGGAGAUCAGCGGGAAAGUGAACGUGCUGGGGAUCUACAAGAGGGACCUGUACAUCAAGGUGAACUGCUCCAUCACCUUGGAGGUCAGCGUCUUCAACUCGGUCCAGAGCAAAACUACGGACUGUGUCGCAGAUGUGAGGUGAUCGCCCUAUCAGGGGCGGCUAGCUAGCUUCAUGGGUUGACAAUUUUCUGUUACUAUUGUGUACUCUAUUUGUAUUUCUCCGGCCGGAUCCUCCAUUUCUUCGAGCUAUAGACUGCCAUGCCAUGUAAUUACUUGUUUUGAGGUGAUUGUGUAUAAGUAUACAUGUCAGUGUGGUUAGUUAACUUUAUAUUAUAAGGUCACAACUUAGCAACUUUGGGUA